ACAAGGUAAAUUUUAACCUCGAAGAGAAUAAAAUUGCCGGAAUACUUUCAACUUUUUUUCAAUUUUUAAAUAAUAAAAUUAAUUUUAAUUGUUCGCGCACUAAUAAUUAAUAAUUAAUAAUUAAUUUGAUAAUUAAUUUACAUUAAAUUGUGCAAUAAUUUUUGUUACUAUGAAUUUAUGCAAAAUUUAUUCACCAGGUACUUGCCUGAGGAAUUAUAAAUUUAUAAGGAAUUUAUCAAUGAGCGGGCAGAGGCGGGAAAAUUCAAAAGAUUCAAAACCUAAAACGGGAAUUUUGAUGCUGAACAUGGGAGGCCCGAGUAAAGUUGAACAGGUCGGGGAAUAUUUGCUGAGGAUAAUGACUGAUCGUGAUAUGAUGCAAUUACCGAUACAGAGUAAAUUGGGACCGUGGAUUGCUAAAAGACGUACUCCGGAAGUGAUGAAGAAGUACAGCGAAAUAGGCGGAGGUUCUCCGAUAUUGAAAUGGUCGAAUUUGCAAGGGGAAUUAAUGUGCCAGGAAUUGGACAAAAUUUCACCAGAAUCUGGACCCCAUAAACAUUAUGUUGCAUUCCGUUAUGCUGAUCCACUGACUGACGUUACAUUACAACAAUUAGAAGCAGACGGGAUCGAACACACGAUUAUUUUUUCACAGUACCCACAGUACAGCUGCGCGACAUCAGGGUCAAGUUUUAAUGCAAUUUGGAAUUAUUACAAAAAUCGAGGACUUCCAAAAAAUAUGAAACUGAGUAUAAUUGAUCGGUGGCCAACGCACUCUUUGUUAGCGCGAACGUUUGCUGAGAGAAUAAAAGACCAGUUGAAGCAUUUUGAUGAAAAAAUAAAAAAAGAUGUUAUGAUACUAUUUUCUGCGCACUCGAUACCGCUGAAGAAUCUAAACCGCGGUGAUGCUUAUCCCAGUGAAGUUGCGGCGACGGUUCAUAUGGUUAUGAAUGAAUUGAAUUAUUGCAAUCCUUAUCAUCUCGUUUGGCAGUCCAAGGUCGGACCACUGCCUUGGCUCGGCCCUUUCACCGACGAGGCAAUAAGAGGCUACGUCAAACAAGGCAAGAAGCAUUUUAUCAUCGUGCCCAUAGCCUUCGUAAAUGAGCACAUCGAGACUCUACACGAGCUGGACAUCGAGUACUGCGACGAGCUCGCUCAUGAGCUAAAAAUUGAAAAAAUCCGGCGGGCGGCUGCUCCAAACGACCAUCCGCUUUUUAUCCAAGCGCUAGCGGAUAUUGUAAAAAAUCAUUUGCAUUCAAAGAGUGCGAUUUCACCAAAAUUCAUAACAAGAUGUCCGCAUUGUGUCAACACGAAUUGUCUCUCAAGUAAAACGUGGUUUUCAAAAAAUUGUCAUCUGUAAUAUAUUGUAGUAAUUUUUGAAUAAAAUUAAUUUUUUCUAUGAAAAAUUAAAAAAAAAAAUUCUUUGUUAAGGAAAUUAAAAUAAAA